AUGGUUCAUAUGUUAACAAAUGAUAAUAAAAUUCGAUUUGAAAUGAAAAAUCACCUAAUAAUUGCUGCUGGACAAAUUUCAAUUUUCAUGGAGCUCACUCGUCGUAAAAGUCAAACUAAUAAACUGAAUGAAAAUGAUCCAACACCGUUAAUUAAUACAUCAAUGCCAAAUGAAAAAAGAAAAAAUUCAAAAGAUGUGACACCGACGGAAAAAAAUAACAUUUUAUCGUAUUUUCAAAAAAUAUUUCUUGAUCAAAUUUCAUCGAAUACUUAUUUUCAUACACGAAUACUAUUCGUACGUCUGCUUGGUCUUGUCUAUACGUUCAGUUUUCUUGCUGCUUAUCAUCAAGCACCAGUUCUCAUCGGCUAUCAAGGCCUAUAUCAAUCACAUAUUCACAUGAAACAAAUGAAAGAACGUUAUGGCAUAUGGCAAUCACCAUCAAUGUUUUAUUUUUUACCCUGGAUGGAUACAUCUGACAUAUCAUUACGUACAAUAUGUGCUGCAGGAACUCUACUUGGUAUAUUUUUAUUAUUUACUGGACGAUGCAAUUCAAUAAUUCUAUUUAUACUUUGGUGUUUUCAAACAAGUAUACUUAAUAUAGGACAAUUGUUUUAUGGUUUUGGUUGGGAAACGCAAAUACUUGAAACAACAUUUUUAGGAAUGUUUCUGGUUCCAUUAUAUAGCUUAUCAAAAAUCGAUCGUCAUAGCCCACCAAGUAUUUUAUUUAUAUUUUUAAUGCGCUUUUUAAUUGCUCGAAUUAUGUUGGGUGCUGGAUUGAUAAAAAUUCGUGGUGAUCAAUGUUGGAGAGAUCUUACUUGUAUGCAAUAUCAUUAUGAAACUCAACCGAUACCAAAUGCAAUAUCAUAUUAUCUCCAUCAAACACCAGCUUCAUUUCAUAAAUUUGAAGUACUUGUAAAUCAUUUUAUUGAACUAAUCGCUCCAUUUUUAUGUUUUGGUCCGUGGCGUUCGAUUCGACAUAUUGGUGGAACAUUACAAAUACUUUUUCAAAUAUUAUUAAUCAUCAGUGGAAAUCUAAGUGUUUUAAAUUGGGUUACUAUUGCUCCAGCAUUAUGGUGUUUUGAUGAUACAUAUCCAUUGUAUAAAUAUAUAUUUAAAUGUCAAACAUAUACAGAAAUAAUUUAUUGUGGCAUUCGACGACGAAUCAAAGUUCUAAAUUCAAUUAUAAAAUUAUUCGUAUUUAGUCUAAUUAUUUUUCUAAGUAUUGAUCCUGUAUUAAAUUUAUUCUCUCGUUACCAACGAAUGAAUUCUAGUUUUGAUCGAUUUAAUCUUGUUAAUACGUAUGGUGCAUUUGGUAGUGUUGGAAAAAUUCGCAAUGAAGUUAUUAUCACUGGUUGUAAUAAAUCAACCGUUGAACAAUGUAGCCAUGAUAAUGCUUGGCUUGAAUAUGAAUUUAGUUGUAAACCAGGAAAAAUUGAUAAAACACCUUGUUUCAGUGCACCAUAUCAUCGAAGAUUAACAUGGCAAUUAUGGUUUGCAGCCAUGCAAAAUUUACAAUAUAACCCCUGGCUUAUUCAUUUAAUGGUACAUUUACUUGCAUCUGAUCAAUAUUCGCCUGUAAAUGUAGUGUUAUCUGUAGGAGGAAAUCCAUUUCCUGAUGCACCACCUCGGUUCAUUAAAGCUGAUUUAUAUCGUUAUAAAUUUGCAAGUUUAGGUAGUGGAGAUAAAAAUUGGUGGACCCGAACUUAUCAACAGUCAUAUGCACCAAUUUUUGAAUUAAAAAGUCCACAAUUAAAAUCUAUUUUACGACAAAUGACAUGGAAAAUGCCGAAAGUACCUAUGCGAUCGUAA